AUGGCUGUUUUCCACGAUGAAGUAGAGAUUGAAGAUUUCGAGUUUGAUGAAGAAAAUGAGUUAUACCAUUAUCCAUGUCCCUGCGGUGAUCGCUUCGAAAUAUCCAAAGAAAUGCUAGAGAUGGGAGAAGACGUCGCAACGUGUCCAAGCUGCUCUUUGAUUAUCAGAGUAAUAUAUGAUCCAGAUUUGUUCAUUAAGUUCGAGUCACUGAGUCUGUCUGAGCCACCUGAUGCUGCCGUGGAGUCAUCUUAA